AUGGCAUCACGAGAUAAUAAUGAUGCAUUAGAUACAAAACUUUACAAGAUACGUGGCGCACAGUAUUGUAAAGAUGAUCGACAAACUACUUUUCGUGUAUAUGCACCAAGGGCAAAAAAUGUUUGGGUUAUUUUAACAGCAUUCGGCCGGGAAGAAUUUCAAAUUAUAAUGCAAAAAAUGGAUGCGGGUCUUUGGGAAGCUACUACACAUCAAGCACCACCAGGUCGUACAUAUCUUUAUCUUAUUGAUGAUUGUAACGGUAAAUAUAUGCUACGAAUUGAUCCAGUCAGUUUUUCCGUUAUUCACAUUUCGGAAGUCGAUCAAAUUCAAUCGGUUGUACAUGAUCAAACAACUUAUAAAUGGGGUGAUGAAACUUGGUUGACGAAACGUGCACUUAGCAAUCCGUUGUGCGCACCAUUAUCCAUCUAUGAACUUCAACUAAAAUCGUGGAGAAAUGGUUUCCAUCAACCAAUUAAUUUUCGUCGAAUUGCGUCUGAAUUGACUACCUACUGUGUUACGAUGGGUUUUACUCAUGUUGAAAUGUUCGGUCUAUUGGAACAUCCAUACAACUGGGAACGUGGUUAUAUCGUAUCUAAUUACUUUGCCCCCUAUCAUGAUCAUGGUCAAUGUGAUGAUUUGAGAUAUUUAGUGGAUUAUUUACAUCAGCAUGAUAUUGGCGUGAUUAUCGAUUGGGUUCCAACACAUUUCUAUCAUCGUCACAACUCACCUUGGUAUUCGAGUUCGUUACACGAACUCGAUGGAACAAAUAUGUAUGCUAGUGAUAAUUCAUUAUGGGGCACACUCUAUUUUGAUUAUAAUAAGGAAGAAACUCGUCGGCUUCUAUUUGGCAGUGCUCUAUAUUGGAUCGAUGAAAUGCAUAUGGAUGGAAUUCGUUAUGAUGCUGUUAGUCAGAUGAUUCGACGUCAAUCACAAGAUAUACCAGCAGCGAUUUCAUUCUUGCGUGAGCUCAAUCAAACGAUUCAUAGAGUUUAUCCUGGUGUAUUAUGUAUUGCUGAAGAGACUGAAGGUUAUCCGAAUUUAAUCAGAACUAUGGAUUUUGAUAUGAAAUGGAACAUAGGUUGGAUUAAUGAUGCAAUGAAUCUUUUACGUACGCCCAACAAUGAAAGACCACGCCAUUGGCACGAAAAAGUUUUGAACAUGUUAAAUUCGGCCCGAGAAAAUAAUGACAAAAUGAUUCUUACGUUGAGUCACGACGAUACCGAUUGCCAUAAUCGCGAUCAUCAUAAAACUCUAUUCGCUUGCGUUUCAAAUGGUCGAAACGAGUCGGAAAAGUUUUCUGACUUGAGAAAUUUUUUUGCUUGGCAAGCAUUUGCUCCCAGUCGUGGUCACAUGAUUCAUAUGGGAGAUGAAAUUGUUCAACCUAUAUCAUGGUUUCAAAGAUUUCGACAAGGUAUGUCUAGUGUGGAUUGGUCGUUGGCGGAAAAGCAAUCGUUUCAUAGUAAAACUCAACAAUAUAUUUCUGAUCUCAAUUAUUUUUAUCGAAGUUAUCCACAAUUUUGGCAACAUGGCGAACAAGACUUUACGAUGAUAUAUGAAUGCGGAAGAAAUCUUAUUGUAGCUUAUCACCGUGGCAUCUACAACAAUCGGCGUAUAGCAAUCAUUCACAAUUUUUCCAAUCGAGGAUAUAAAUCUUAUGAUAUAUCUUUACCAACAUGGGACCCUAAUGUCCGACGUAUUGGCAAAACAGUCGAAAUCUUUAAUUCCGACAAUCUCUCAUAUGGUGGCUCAGGACUAUUUCAGAACGAAAAGAUUGAUGUUGUGCAUAUGCAUAGCGAAUGGAUAUUUUUUCGAUUGGCAAUACCAGCACUUGCCACAGUUGUAUUAGAAGAAAGUUUGAAUUGA